UUCUACACUCGCAAUAUUCUCUCUUUUCUUAUAAUUUUCAGUCAAGAGAUUCAAGAUACAAUCACUACUGAGUACUAGCAGAAUAUAUAAAUAUAUAUAUAUAUAUAUAUAUUUAUAUAUACAUGUCCACAAUGAUGAUGCAUGUGGACAAUAAUCAUGAGAGGAGUAGAAGAAGUACCAGUGAUCAGAACUUUUCAAUAGAGGGUGUUGAAUCAAACGACAAGAUUAAUGCUUUUGAUGAUGAUGGUCGAAUUAGACGAACUGGGACUGUGAUUACUGCAAGUGCACAUAUCAUAACAGCUGUUAUUGGUUCUGGAGUGCUUUCGUUGGCUUGGGCUUUUGCUCAGUUGGGAUGGAUUGCAGGCAUUUUGGCUCUUCUUAUGUUCUCUAUUAUAACUUUAUUUACUUCUAGUCUUUUGUCCAAUUUUUACAGGUUCCCAGAUCCAAUUACGGGAACAAGAAACUAUAAUUACAGACAUGCUGUUGAAAACUACUUGGGAGGAAUGAGGUACAAGUUCUGUGGUAUAGCUCAAUAUAUUAAUCUCGUAGGAACAUGUAUUGGUUAUACAAUCACUACAGCCUUUGGUAUUGGGGCUAUAGAAAGAGCAACUUGUUUCCAUAAACAUGGGCAUAAAGCAGUUUGUCAUGCAUCAAACGAGAUCUCCAUGAUCAUGUUUGGUGUUCUUCAGAUAUUCUUAAGCCAAAUACCAAACUUCAACAAGCUAUCAGGGCUCUCUGUCAUAGCAGCUACCAUGUCUUUCACUUACUCUUUCAUUGGCAUUGGUCUCUCAGUCUCUAGAAUUGCAGGGGGGGCACAUCCCAAGACAAGCAUAACAGGAGUAGAAGUAGGUUUAGAUGUCACGAGUGAGCAGAAAAUUUUGCGCGCCUUUCAGGCUCUUGGAAACAUUGCCUUUGCCUAUUCUUACUCUGCAAUCCUUAUAGAGAUUCAGGACACACUGAAAUCAAGUCCACCAGAAAACAAAGUAAUGAAGAAGGCAGCUGCAGUUGGAAUCUCUAUCACAACCUCCUUUUACAUGCUAUGUGGAAUACUAGGCUACUUAGCAUUUGGAAACAACGCGCCGGGCAAUUUUCUAACUGGUUUCUAUGAGCCUUUCUGGCUUGUUGACUUUGCUAAUGCCUGUAUUGUUGUUCAUCUUGUCGGUGCUUAUCAGGUAUUUGCUCAACCUGUUUACAGUUCAGUUGAAGAGCAGAGCCGAAAAUGGUGGCCGGAGACAGCUUUUGUAGUGAAAGAGUACCCCAUUAGGAUUCCAUUUUUGUGUACUUUCAACUUGAAUUUCUUCAGGGUUGUGUGGAGAACAUUGUAUGUGAUGUCAACCACUACUCUGUCGAUUAUAUUUCCUUUCUUCAAUGACAUUUUGGGUCUAUUUGGAGCAUUAGUUUUCUGGCCACUGGCUGUGUACUUCCCAAUAGAAAUGCACAUAGAACAGACCAAACUUGCAAGCUAUUCUAGGAGAUGGUUGGGGCUGAAAGUACUUAGUGGGGCUUGCUUAAUUGUUUCUCUUCUUGCUGCUGCUGGUUCCAUUCAAGGCAUAAUUACAGAGCUCAAGACAUUCAAGCCUUUCAUGUCUGUAUCUUGAUUCUUCAUGAGAUUGUGUUUUUUAGGUACUGUUAUUUUGAUUUUUUUAGUUUGUGUUUUCAACCAGGUUAAAGCUUUAAUCAACUUAUCAUCAUUUAGUGUCAGUAUCGUUGUGAGCCAGAACUGGUCUUCUCUGUUAUUUUAUGAGAGUUUUACUAAUUGGGUUUAUAGUUUA